AUGACUCUCGUUUGUUCAAACUUGCACAAGCGUCAUGGUUGUAAAUGUUUACACAACUGCGAAGCACUUUUAAAUGUAGCAAUUAUAGUGAAUGAGGAAGGAUUUAUAAAGCUUAAAGAUGCUGCAGAACUGUGCAGUCCGAAUGUUAAAUACACACCAGCCCAUGCUCGUAGAAAAAUGUUAAGAAUGCCUUGUGCUGUGAUUGGGACAGGUAGUUUGCUCGAAGGAACUUCUUGUUUAUAUCUAGUAGAAAAACAGAGCCCGGCCACUUUGUAUCUUUUGCAAUCUCUACUAAAAGAAGCAUGUAUUAAAAAGCAAACUAACAAAGGACUUACGAAAGAAGACGUGAAAAAGCUAUUGAAUUUGGCGGAAUCUGAAAGUGAAAGAAAGAGACUAAAGUACGCUGUUGUAAAGUCGAGUGGAAUAUCAAGCACGAAAGCAAAAGCUGUUUAUGGAUUUGACGACAUGACUUCUAAAAUAAAUGAUGUAGAGAAAGCAAUGGAAGAGGCAUGUGCAAUCAGACAAGCAAUCGAAGACAUUGCUAACACUAAGGAAAAAUCAAUAUUACUUCCUCUGGGAAUAAGUGAAUCCAGUGAAAGUGGCUCAGAUACUGAAAGUGAGACUGAUUGUGAGAGUAGUUCUGCAAUAACUGAUUCAACAUGUCUACCCAACAACCGGAAGGAUAAUAGCGACGAAGAAAUUACACCAGUUAGACAGUCGAUGUUAGAAGAUUUAAAGGAAAAUGAAUUUGGGUACAACAGCGAUAGUUCUUCAGAAAUUACGUCAGAAUCAGAAUCCACUGGGGAGGUUUGUGCCGGAGUGGUUAAAGCACCAGGUGUUCAUGCAAAAAACGCAGCACAACAUUACGCAGAUCUUCAGAUGCUAGAAAAGAAUGAAGAAACACGCGAGGUAUUUUGGAACAGUGAAACCCAAGAACGAAAAGAAAUUGAAUGUGCUCGAGUUGACAGAAGUUUUGACGAGGGUCCGUCCCAUUGCGAGGUUCAAUAUUGGUGGACGGUUCGUCACCUUGUAACCAGUUGCCAAAUGACGUUAGUAACGUCUAGAAACAGUGGUGCGAGCUAUAGGAACCGCGUAGAGCUGCAAAAUGGCAGUCUUGCCCUUGGUCAUGCUAGCCUUUUUAUUCCUUCAACUCUUUAAUGGCUCCUGUAUUAGUGGUGGAAACAUUGACCACGAUUUGCUGCGUAAAAAUUUGGAUGCUGCUAUAGACGUAUAUAUUUCGAGAGUUAAUAAAACUGGAACAGUUAUUAAUCUAUGCUGGAACAGUUAUUAAUCUAUACAAGGGAGCAGACAGUAAAGCAUACCAGGAGGAAAAUUUUUAAAAAUUUUCUUGAAAGGAAAGAAAGAAGAAAGGGAAAAGCAAAAGAAAGAUCAUCCUGAGAACUAUGCUCGUGCUCAAGCGAUUUGGAAUCUACGGAAAAGACAUAUGAGAACAGAUGUUCCAUUAAAGUAUAUUUUUUGCCUGAGCUGUUGCUACCAACCUGACUGUGAACAUUCUUUGUGUCGUAAAGGUAAGCCUAGUGAAGAACCCACAUGGUAUGUUGGUGGCCCACCCUUGUCUUUCAUACCUGUGCCUUGUCCUGAUCCUGAACGUUGCUAUGGCAGUGAACAAUGCAGUGAAUGUAAUGGUGCUUGCUACGGCCAUUACCUAAAGUUAGAUGAACUUUGGAAGUAUACUUCCGAAGUGAUGUGA